CUCUCACGUGGUUAACGGUCGCGGGAAGCCGCGGAGCCCGAACUUGCGGCUGGACCUGCGGAGACCCCAGCCUUGGUGCCCAGGCCGCCCAGCCUCCGCCGGACAGUCCGCGCCGCCGCUGCAGCUGCCGCCCUCAGCCCCGAGCGCCUCGGAGCCGGAGCCGCAGCUGCCGCUGCGCAGGCCCGCCGCCACCGCAGCCAGGCGCGCCCAGUCGCACGUGGCGGACCCGCCCCCUGGGCCGGCCGAGUCCUGGACUCCGCGGGCAGCGGCUCUCCGGUUCUCCGCCCCGGCCCCAGGCCCGCGAUGAGCUUCCUGAGCCGGCAGCAGCCGCCACCGCCCCGCCGCGCGGGGGCCGCCUGCACUUUGCGGCAGAAGCUGAUCUUCUCGCCGUGCAGCGACUGUGAGGAGGAGGAGGAGGAAGAGGAGGAGGAGGGCAGUGGCCACAGCACCGGGGAGGACUCGGCCUUUCAGGAGCCCGACUCGCCGCUGCCGCCCGCGCGGAGCCCCACGGAGCCCGGGCCCGAGCGCCGCCGCUCGCCCGGCCCGGCCCCCGGCAGCCCCGGGGAGCUGGAAGAGGACAUGCUGCUGCAAGGCGCCUGCCCGGGAGCUGACGCGGCGGGCGGCGGGGCCGAGGGCGACUCGUGGGAGGAGGAGGGCUUCGGCUCCUCGUCGCCCGUCAAGUCGCCGGCGGCCGCCUACUUCCUGGGCAGCUCUUUCUCGCCUGUGCGCUGCGGCGGCCCGGGGGACGCGUCUCCGCGGGGCUGCGGGGCGCGCCGGGCCGGCGAGGGCCCCUGCUCGCCGCUGCCCGACCACCCGGGUACCCCGCCGCACAAGACCUUCCGCAAGCUGAGGCUCUUCGACACGCCGCACACGCCCAAGAGUUUGCUUUCCAAAGCUCGGGGAAUUGAUUCCAGCUCUGUGAAACUCCGGGGUGGUUCUCUAUUCAUGGACACACAAAAAUCAGGAAAGAGAGAAUUUGACACACGACAGACUCCUCAAGUGAAUAUUAAUCCUUUUACUCCGGAUUCAGUUUUGCUUCAUUCCUCAGGACAGUGUCGUAGAAGAAAGAGAGCGUAUUGGAAUGAUUCCUGUGAAGAUAUGGAAGCCAGUGAUUAUGAGCUCGAAGAUGAAACAAGACCUGCUAAAAGAAUUACAAUUACUGAAAGCAAUAUGAAGUCACGGUAUACGACAGAAUUUCAUGAGCUGGAAAAAAUUGGCUCUGGAGAGUUUGGUUCUGUGUUUAAGUGUGUGAAGAGGCUAGAUGGAUGCAUUUAUGCCAUUAAGCGAUCAAAAAAGCCAUUGGCCGGCUCUGUUGAUGAGCAGAACGCUUUGAGAGAAGUAUAUGCUCAUGCAGUGCUUGGACAACAUUCUCAUGUGGUUCGAUAUUUCUCUGCCUGGGCAGAAGAUGAUCAUAUGCUUAUACAAAAUGAAUAUUGUAAUGGUGGAAGUUUAGCGGAUGCUAUAAGUGAAAACUACAGAAUCAUGAGUUACUUUACAGAAGUAGAGUUGAAGGAUCUCCUUUUGCAAGUUGGCCGGGGCUUAAGAUAUAUUCAUUCAAUGUCUUUGGUUCACAUGGAUAUAAAACCUAGUAAUAUUUUCAUAUCUCGAACUGCAAUCCCAAAUGCUGCCUCUGAAGAAGGAGAUGAAGAUGACUGGGCAUCCAACAAAGUUAUGUUUAAAAUAGGUGAUCUUGGGCAUGUAACAAGAAUCUCUAGUCCACAAGUUGAAGAAGGGGAUAGUCGUUUUCUUGCAAAUGAAGUUUUACAGGAGAACUACACCCAUCUACCGAAAGCGGAUAUUUUUGCCCUUGCCCUCACAGUGGUGUGUGCUGCUGGUGCUGAACCUCUUCCCAGAAAUGGAGAACAAUGGCAUGAAAUCAGACAGGGUAGAUUACCUCGGAUUCCACAAGUGCUUUCCCAGGAAUUUACAGAGUUACUAAAAGUUAUGAUUCAUCCAGAUCCAGAGAGAAGACCUUCAGCUAUGGCACUGGUAAAACAUUCAGUAUUGUUGUCCGCAUCUAGAAAGAGUGCUGAACAAUUACGAAUAGAAUUGAAUGCUGAAAAAUUCAAAAAUUCACUUUUGCAGAAAGAACUCAAGAAAGCCCAGAUGGCAAAAGCUGCAGCUGAGGAAAGAGCACUCUUCACUGACCGGAUGGCCACUAGGUCCACCACCCAGAGUAAUAGAACCUCUCGACUUAUUGGAAAGAAAAUGAACCGCUCUGUCAGCCUUACUAUAUACUGAACUGCUCAUUUCCCAUCUACCCCAAAAAAACUGUGACAAGAGAAAGCUAGGUUGAAAUCACUGCUAGAAUCUACUUUGCAAUUACUUUCUCUAUUUGGUGUCAGUAGUUUUACUGAAGUACUUUUUAGGACUUUUAUUUGUGAAUUACAGUUGAAAGCUGUAUUUUGACCAUUGCUCUAUCAGGCUUUUGUGUAGUUUUAUCAGUUUGUCUUCUGUAGGAUGUCAGUCAGUCACUGUUGAAUGUUACACCAGCCUUUGCAGGGUUAACCACUGUGGUGGUGUGCUGCUUACAGUUUUCUGUUGCAUUGUAAUAAAAAGGUAUCUUUCCCUGUAGUACCUGUAGAAAGGACUCAAGGGCUUUAUUACAAACAUACUUCCCUUCGGAAAGGGAAAUACUAAGAGUCUUAGUACUACUCAGCUUCUCCUUUGUAUCUGUGUGUCAGUCUUUUUCUUUCUUUCUUUCUUUCUUUUUUUAAUUGUGAAUUAUACUUGUAUAUCCAACUGGGAGCACUUUUUAGGCAUUGCAUGAACCAUGGAAUGAUAAUUCUGUGGAAGUAUUGCCUUGUGAAUUUGCUGCUAUUUUAGUUUUGUCUUUGCUGUAAAAUUGUAGCAUUAAACAAUCAUUGUUGUUAAUAGGCUUUCUUUUGAAACAAUUAUGUGAAAUACAUAGCUGCUCUUGAUGAAAAGCAGUUAUUUGCCUUUUUUUCUCUUUGAACUUUGAAGCUAGUGCAUUGAAAAAAUGCACCUCCUCCCCUUUGGAAUGCUGUAUUAAAUGUAGUAUAAUUAUUACUGGUUUUUGUAAUUUUUUUUCUGAUAAUGUCCUUCCCUGACACUUUUUUUAAAUGUCUCCUUCCUUAUUCCAGGUUUUGUACUUGAUUGUAUGGUUAGUCUAUUUUUAAAUGUUUUGCCUGGUUUCUCUUCAAUAUUUGUGUAUAUAAACUGAUCUUGGUAAUACUGUGCAUAGCUGUUGAAAUGCCAGAAUGACUUCUGACUAUUCCAAGUUUUUCACAAAAUAUAUUUGAUCUGUAUAAUUGGCCAUUUAAUUAAUACUGGCUAAUGGAUAUUACAAAAAAAAGUCUCUUGUUUGUUUUCUCAUUAAUUUUGAUCUAAAACAUGUUUGCACUUGUCUGUUGGACUAGUGUUUUAUUAACAUUGAUUGGCAUAUUAAAAGUCACUCUGAGCUUACCUUAAUUGUCUAAAUCUUUGUGGUGCCUGUUUUCUCCUAUUUUAUUUCCAUUAUCACUACAUUAUAAAAUGUAGAGUAUGUACUCUAGCAGAGUGCAUAUUUUUGAUGAAAUACAAAACUUACUGGGUGUUUAAUGAUAGGCUUUAGUCCAGCUAUAUUUUGUGAUUUCAUGACAGUUCACCCAUCAACUUUAAAUGUUUUUUUAAAUCAUUAAAAAUAUUUACAUAGGGCUGGGGUUGUGACUCAGUGGUAGAGCGCUUGCCUGGCAUUCGCGAGGCCCUGGGUUUGAUCCUCAGCACCACGUAAAAAUAAAGGUAUUGUGUCCACCUACAACUAAAAGUAUUUUUUUUAAAAGUUUAUAUAAUAUUUUGUGUUGAUUACAUAUUACGCAUCUGACUUGCUAGAAAUAUGGUAUAAUGUAAUUAAAAUAACCAGGUUAAUUCAAGUGAAUAAAACAUGAUUCAUAUAUGAUUCAUAACUUUCUAAUUUGGACUGCAUCACAGAAGAAAGCUUUAAAGUGGGAAAGGGUUUUUUGUUUGUUUUUUGUGGUACCUCACAUUGAACCCAGGACCUCACACAUGCUAGACAAGUGCUCUACCACUGAAUUACACCUCCAGAUCAUUUUAUUUUGAUAUGGUCAGCUAAAUCGCCUUGAACUUGUGAUCCUGCUGCCUUAGCCUCCCAAGAAGCUGGGAUUAAAGGCACAAACUACCAUUUCUGGCUGAGAUUUUAACUCAUUAAACUAGGUUGGCUUCUAAAAAUUGAGUGCAGAUUGAAGUAACAGUGCUAGUUCUGUGACAUUUUUUCUGACACAGCAAGAGUGAUGUUACUGAUCAUGGGUCUAUUAGGCUCUUGAUUAGGCUUUAUUUCUACUAUAAAUAUUUCUCACAAGCUAGAUUAUUUUACCAUUUUAGCCUAUGGCAUCUUAAAAAGUAAAACAGUUAUGAGAGAAAUUGGUAGACAGGUAAAUUAGGUAUAAAAAGGGGUACUGGGCACAGUGGUGCACACCUGUAACCUCAGUGACUUGGAAGGCUGAGACAUGAGGAUUGCAAGUUUGAGGCCAGCCUCACCAAUUUAAGGAGACCCUGUGUCAAAAAGGGCUGGGAAUUAGCUCAGUGGUAAAGUGCCUCUGGGUUCAAUCCCCAGUACCCCCGCCCCAAAGCUGAUGAGUAUUGAUGAAAGAACCUAAAACACUGCAUGGAUUAGAGCAGGUAAAUGUUUCAUUUUUUAGUAGCUAAUGAAGAUGGCUACAGAAAGAGUGAUAACUGGUGUUUGAUGUGAUUAUUCUAAGUCAUUAAGGUACAUUUUUCUAGUGCACUAGCUUCAAAGAAAAAAAUAAGGUGUUUUUCAUCAAGAUUUGCAGGUUUGUUUUUUUUGUUUUGUUUUUUACAUACUGUUUAAGAAAUUAGGAGAAAAAAGUGUAUUUGGUAUUCAAGAGGGAGUUCCUGAGCCAUCUGAAAACUGAUAUGAGAGUUGGACUGAUGGUCAACAUAAGAUACUUUUGAGUGCCUUUUAUGUGCUGUGGUAGACCAAAAACCAGUAAGAAAUAGUCUUUGCUUACUAGGAUAAAAUAGAGGAGAUUUGUGUAAAUAUACAAUGACAAUAAAGUGCUAAGUACUGUAUUGGAGUGAUUGGGCAAGGUUAAAAUGAUGGUUCAAACUUCUCUCUACGUCUUGAGAAGAUAAUGGUGGUAGAUUGGAGAGUGGAUCAUGGAAUUAAGUUCAGACUGGUCUCAAGACCACUGUAGAAAUAAAGAGGAUAGAUUUCAUUAGAUGGAAACACUGCACUUGAAAUAGUUUUAUUUUUAUUACAAAGAAUGAGAACUUAGCAUAAUAUCUAUGGGGAAGCACUAAUACUGAUAAUGAUGCACUGAAGAUUUUCCAAAAAAUUUAAUUAAAAUGUAAAGGUCUUACUAUUUGACACAGGUUAUUUACCAUUGGUACAAAUAUAUUUUUGGAAAACUGAGUUUAAUAAAGAAGAAAAAAGCAGUUGGGUAGGAGGAAUCAAGAUAUAGUUGACUACAAAUAAAAAUUUGCCUUGCCAAGAAACCAAGAGCAGUACCCCUUUAAUUAAUGAACUAAUAUCUUUUGAAGAGCCAGUUCUCAAGCUUUGCAUUUCACUUCACUUGGUUUUCACCCCACCAGACCUGAAACAAUUACAACCUUAAAAAAAAAAAAAAAAAUCAUGUAACAGCUGGGUUUGGGUAAUGCUUCAGGCUAUCUCCUAAUUCUUAUGCAG